CAAGAAGAGGGCAGGGGCCGCCCGCGUUCAUCCGCAUCUCCUGCUGACGGCACAGUGCCCGUUUCUGCAACCGCGCCUCCAGCAGCGUCAUCCUCAGCUAGAACUGAAGGAGAGAUAAAAGAUGUUCCGGCAGCACCAGAAAGCGAUGAAGUGAAAGGAGAUCCAAAUGUCCGUGUUUCUAUUGCAGAAGCAGAUGCAGAUAUUAGCAAGGAGAAGGACGUCGAGAAGGCUGCCGCUGCUGUGAACGACCUGCCACCAGCAGAAGAGGCGGCCCUCGUGCCUUCGCCUCCCGUAGAUGGCAAUGUUGGCUCGUCAACGCAAAUGAAUUUGGAUCCCAUAGAAAGUCAAGCCGCAGUACUUGCGGAGACUACCACAACACGACCAGGAGGUGGCGUUGACAGUUCCGUCAACGACGUUCCAGGAGGCGAAGAAGAAGAUCAACCAAGUCCUUCCGCGGUCCUCGAGGAGGAGAAACAAGAAGCGGGCGUCGAGAGAAAAAACUCGGGUCGUCCUCGCGAUAGUUGCGUAGUUGCAGAUGGAAAUACGAAAGAAACGGACGACGUCGAAGGCACAUCAGCCGCAGUGGUCGACGUACUUGCGCCGCCUGAAGCGUUCGAGAAAGAGGAAGACGCAGGUUCUGCCGGGAGGACGAAAACGGAUCAUGAAGGAGCCCCAUUAAUUGGCGAGAAGACCGCACCUGCAACGUCUUCUCCUAGCACUACCUCAAGUUGUGCCGGUACUAAUUUGCCAAAAUUUGGGGCGGAGAAGAAAGAACGCAGAAGCAGUACAGACGCUUCUGCAGCUCCGCAGGAUGUUGAUGCGGUAGUUUCACCUAUAGUUCCACCUGUUGGAACGACUACUACAGGCGCUCCCGACUGCGGAGGAGCCGUUACCGCUCCCGUCGUGGCUGAUAGAGCGGCCUCAUCAACUGCCUGUGUUUCGAAGGAAAGGAGCCCAACUGCUCAUGGUCCAGCGAUUACGCCACACCAGAGAACUUCUCAAUCUGCUUCUGCUGCAAGUAGGUCCUCUUCUCCGUCUAGUGGACGACCAGAUGUAGAAGUUGCAGCACCAGCAGCUGCGCCAACGACUCAGACUCCGCCGACUACAACUCCUGCACGAGAGGACAUCAAAGCUCCCGCCUCCGUUUCAUCCUCCGCAUCUUGUUCCUCAACGCCAGCCGUGAAGGCAGGUACUGCUGCUGCUUCGUCGUCAACUACCAAACACCUCGAGUCCUCUGGUGGCACAGGGGACGCAGCGGCCGCUGCAGCAAAUGGAAGUCCUACCGUGCAGCUGCAGGGGACAAGCAGCGCUGGCGCACGGUCGUACCCUCAAGGGAGUAGGACUACAUUGGUUGAAGAGGCUGCAGUUGGCGAAAGCAUCGCGCAAGAUCAACAUCUGAAGACAGCUCCGUCCAGCGCGAACCAAGAUUCUGGAGCGGAUGUUUGUGCCGGACCGGCGGCUGCUAGAAUCACGGGCAGACAGUCUGUUCCCGAAUCAUCAGCGUUAUCGUCCGCAUCGCGUUCCGCUGCUCUUCUAGACGAAGCAGGAAAUAGUCGCGCUGAAGAAAGCUGCACGGGAGCCAGUAGCCGUACCGUUUUUAUCCAGCCAUCCCGCCCGCCCGGUCCCGUAACCUUUGAACUGUGCAACGAUGGGCUGCGCCUACCGGGAAACCACGACGAGGAGGUAGAUGGCAAAAACCUCGCUGUAUCGAAUCGAAGAUCAUUGGGAGGAGCGCAUGUGCCGCUACUCACGACUUCGCCGCCUCCGGCACGAGCUUCAACAGGUCACAGAGGAGCUCCUUCGGCACGACCACUGCCUCCCGAGGACUGCGCCGGCCUUCCUGUUUCAUCACUAUCCGACGAUAACGUGUGCCAGCUCCGGUUGGGAAUCAAUUGCAGUACGCGGGGGCUUUUCUUGUUCCUGGGCCUGGAAACGUUAUUACCCUACAACAUCACCUUGAUUCUCUUGCCGUUUUUGUGUCACAAAGUCUUCCGCAACACGGACGAUUUGGGGGAAGAGUUGCUCUUCCUCUUCGGCGUGAUCAGUGGCUUCGCCAUGCUGUUCGGCAGUUGCGUCACGAUCUUACUGCAGGGGUGGGAGUGGAAGGGGCCGACACACGGAGGAGCGACCAAGCGGUGGACAAGCGGCGAAGGCGAUGCUGGACAUCUAUCUAGUGGUCGUGCAGGAGGACCCACCGCCCACGGAAGGAACAAUGGCAGCGGUGAAGACGUUGUUGACUUGGAAGUCCUUCCGAAACCUCGGUCUACCUGCGUGGUCGUUCCAGAGGAGAUCAACUGGGAGGUGGAUGAAGUAGGUGCAGUACUACCUCCAGCUUCCGGCGUAGUUUCUCGUGCAAUAAAACCAAAAUCCGAACGCGAUUCGUCCUUGUCCGAGCAGACUUUUUUCUCAUCUGCGGCCAUUGACGAACAGAAAAGGAAGAAGACCAGCGUGAUUCUUCGCGCGGCAGAACAGCAGGUAGAGGUACCGCCACAAGGUCGUGGGCCGGAAGUGCAAAUAAGUGCGACAACCAGCUCUGGCUCGAGCUCCUCAAGUUGUGCUACCACGGGUGACGGAGCUGCGGCCACUGCGUCGUCUUCGAGUAAAGAAUGGUCUGGCGUGUCGUCCUCGUCGUCGGCUUCCUCCUCCUCGAGCAGCUCUUCUGCGUCGAAAUCCACUUCGGACACAGAGGCCUCGGGGGCUUUGCGCGGACACAGAAACAGUAAAACAAGACAACGCACUGGCGAAGAAGAAGCUGCUGCCGGAUCGAUGAUUGAGUUGCAGGCCACGCCGCCACGGCGCAGGGUGAGUGGGGAUCGAGAUGAAGAACAAGUGUUCGCCGAAGGUGUAACUUGUGAGGUCGUCGAUGUACUGCAAGUGGUAGAGCACGACGAGCACGGGAGCAAGGCUCCUGCUGAGCCAUCUUCAGCAAAAGAAGGUGUUGGCGCUGUCAAUGAUACUGAGGAUCAAGCCAGUCCAACAAGAAAGCCGAACAAGGGCGCUACCACCCUUCCCCAGCGGCUUCAGCCACCGCUACCCCGCCAAACGCAGGCCGGGACACCCGCGAAAAUGAAGCGGAGAAAGCGGAGGAGCAGAAGGCCUCCAACUGCAGCUGCCGUGGGCGGGCACCAGGGGCUUGCUGGUCAAGAGGCUGCCGGUGGUUUUACAGAGGAUGAGCAGAGGACAGCGGGGAUGAAAGAUGAACCCGACACGAGAAAUGAAUCAGCGAAGAUGAGCAAGCGCCUUCUUUCAGCUACUGACGGUGACGACCGCACUCCUCGACCGUGCACGCCACAACAGCAAGAUGAAUGCAGUGACGCCUCCGAAGAUGAGUCUUCUGAAGAUUGUUCUUCGCCGGAGGUGGAUUUACAAGCCGACUUUGGUCGGGAAGUAGAGGUAAAAAAUUCUCAUCCGCCUGUCGUCAACAUUGCAGCUUCCGCCAGUCCGCAUGGGAGCCGCACUAGUAGAGUGACUGACGUUGUUCCCCUUCGCGGCGCCAGGGGAGACGUCGACCUCGAUGGCGUUGCCGAGCGGAAUAAUAAAAUGCUGGAGCCCCCUAGUGCGGACCUUCACACGGCCUCGGAGCAGGACCACGUGAUUUCGUUUGGGGAUCAGUUCCAGGAAGAAAGAAUGACCACAGUUCGUCGUGCCGCUCCUUCACCUUCCCCCCGAGAAAUUAAAACUUUCGCCCUCCCCCCGUCCCUCAAGUCCCGCAUGUUUUCCAGCAAAUCCUUCUGGCGCGACCUUUUCACGUCGUUCGAACUGCGCUGGUACGGCAGCCUGUACGGAAUGUGCGUUUCGCUGAUCUGUCUCCUCGUCGCGAUCGCGCUCCGGUCCUUCACCUUGACCGUUGUUUGUCUGUUGUUCUGCAACUUCUUCGGGUCAGUCUUCUGCACCCAGAUCGUGGGUUUGUCCGCGGGACUCGGCGCCGUGGAGGUGCUGGUCGCGACCAGCACGGGACAGGGGCUGGCCGGCUUGGUCGGCGGCUCUCUGUCCUUCAUCCCGCUGAGCAAGGUGCUCACGUUCAUCUACUUGCUGCUUUUGGCUUUCGUGCUGUGGCUGUCCUGCCACGGCCUGUAUCUGGUGUUCAAGAAGCAGCCGCAUUUGAAGAUAUCAGAUGCAAAAAUAUCUGGGUCUGGAAGAAUGCACGUUUGUCAUGCUUGUUUCGCAUGACUCCUAUAUCUGUCAUGCACAGUACCCAAGAGACCCAUUUUUCUGUCGUGUAGAAACGCAGUCUGUCAUGGAGAAUAGGCAACACCUAGAAGCUCAGAAACUUGUCAUGCUGAGCCAGCACUUGUGGCCUCCUGAUGAUACGCCACCCAGCAUCACAAGUUUCCAGACCCAGACACUUUUGCAAUUCAUAGAAGAACCUGGUGCACAAAAACGGAUUGCAGUAUUUCGGGCAACGGGAAGGAAUUCGAAAAAUUACAGGAGAUCUGCGAGCAGGGAGUGGAAGAAAUCACGGUCAGCAAGAAAAGACAACUGAUCAUGAUGUUCAGGAUGGUACCCCACAACAAGUGGAAGAUGGUCAUUUAGAACCUCACAGCACCGUCCAGAGUGGGGCGCUCGUUAUGGCUGAUCUUCAUCGAGAGGAAGCAGAUGCUGAACAGGCUUUUAGUGAAAUAGAAGACAGUUAUAGCACGCCAGACGAGGAAGAAGAGCGACGUUAUAACUUAGUCGCCCAAGAAGAAACCUCUCUCCUCCGAACCGUCUGGCCGCGGAUUCGGAGCUACCAAUUCUCGCUGUUUCUUUGCUACGUCACAACCUUCGCGCUGUUUCCCGGACCGCUCGUGCAACUCUUAUGCAUUGCAAAAGCAUCUUCGUACUCGUACAAAUGCAUGAGAAAUUUCCUCAGCGUGAGAAAUAAAAUCUGUAAUGCGGAUUUACCUUACGAAAAAAAUUUGUAAUGCAAGACUUGCAUUUAUACGAGUGCGAUACUUUUACACAGGAUAACUCUGCCCGAAGGACGAUUUUCUCGGUCAAUUACUAAUCGGCACCUUUCAGAUAUCAAAGAAAAAAACGCUGUUAGUGUAAAUUUGUGAUGCGCAGCAUGCAAAUUGAUUGCGUCUGUCAUGCUUGUCAUGCCAUGUAGGUUCCAUCAAAGACCGUUUUCACGUACAAUCUGCGCAUGACAGGUUUCUGCUGUCAUGCCAGACAGAUUUGUAAUGCUGUUCCUCCAAAAAAGUUACACCUACAAUGUUUUUUUCUUGGAUAUCAGAUCUUCGACGUGGUGGGGCGGAAAAGCCCGGAUGUGGAGUUCCUGCGCACCACCCGGAAAAAACCCAUUGCGGUUUUGUCGGUCUUGAGGAUUGCCUUCAUCCCGCUGCUUUUACUCCUCGCGCAGAACGAAGAAAACGUGGGGCUGCCUUGGAAAUUUGUACUUUUUUUUACGGGUUUUUCCCGUCGAAUUCGGAAAAUAACGGGAAUCAGAUUCAUUUUGUUGCAUUGAUUUGGGGAGAUUCUUUCGUACAUGUAAAAGACACGGCAUUAUCAAGUUCAAACCUGUAUUAAGCUUUUUUGUUGUUGUGAUGUUCAACUUCAAUGCACCACACAGUUUCUCGCCGGUGUUUUCGCAGUGACCAACGGCUACUAUCCUGUGCAAAAGUAUUGUACUCGUACUAAUUGCAGAUAUGCAUGACAAAUCCAACUCUCUACCUGAAAUAGCAUGACAAAUUGCAUUUUUGUUCUUGGAAAAAUUUGUAAUGCAAUUUAUACUAGUACCACGAUACUUUUGCAGUGCAUAGCUACCUGUCCACAACGAUCUUCCUCCAAGCCACCAACACGCAGACGAGUACAAAAGCGAAGGAGAUGGUCGGGCAAAUCACGAACUUUUCUGUCACCUUCGGGAUUCUGCUCGGGGGUUGUGUGGGCUAUUUGCUGCAGGCUUUUUUCCGCGAAACGGUCACCAUGAUCGACUACUACAUGCACACCGGGAUUGCCUACUGAGUCGCGGUCGGUGGGUGAUGCCACCAAUCAAGAUGCGGAGGAGCCGCGAGUCAAGUCUUACAUGCAGUUUUAGAUCACCUCCUCCAGGACCAGCGGCAUCCGCUUCAUCGGACGAUUUCACGCUUACCAGCGGUCGGUGACUGUGCGUGGUGCUGGUGCCGCACGACUUCCUUUUCGACGAAAAUCAAAAUAUGAUGAUUUCCAGCUACACCGAAUGAAUUCUCUGGGUCUUCUUGAACUUUGUGCGCUAUUUUAAUUCGUAGACCGCACCAGGAGAACUCGAGAAAACAGCCUUCACAAAUGACAAAACUUCUGAGGCCGCUCUGCGGAUAGUUGUUUGUUACUUAAUUUUUCGUCUUUUUCGACGACCGAUGCCGACCACGACAAGCCUUGAUAUGGAUCAUGUAAUCCUGGUCGUCGGAGUCCUCGUUGCCGAAGAGGCACAAAAUGAACCACGAAAGUGAAUAAACGUGAACUACUAUCGCGACUUCUAGACCAGGUGGGAGCUGCAUGUCCCUCACCAAAUCAAAUUUUGAGUGGUUUCUAACGUACUAGCGGCUGUGACUUUAAGCUCGUUAGAUAUACAUGUGCUGCACGACAGACCAAGGACCAUAUUGCUUCGCGUUCACGAGAGUGAAGCUGAAGUUUUUCGUCGCAAUAUUAGGUGCUCGGCGGCACAUCUACCUCAAAGAUCAAUCUAUUAACACAUUCAAGAAAGAAAUGAGUUGCUCGGCCAAUCGUUUUUGUGAUUGUGAUUGUGAAGUUCCGAACCCGAAAAUCUGAGCAAAAGAGCAGAAUUGCAGUAUAUCAAAACAAACACCGAU